UAUGCUUAUUUGUUUACAUGUCAAACAUGUCAAAGUCAACAAAAAAUUCAGCAUUUCAGGAAAUUCUACGAAAAAAUUAAUUUUAAUUCGUGAAUAAAGAAUUAAAUGUCGAAGAAAAGACGUUUUGAGUUCGUAAUGGCUGAGGAUAAUACUGGAACUCGUCUCGUAUCAUACGAGCAAGUGAAAACUCUAGUCGAUUUCAUGGGGCAGAAUAUUCAGUUUGCUACAGGCAGUCUACGCACGCUCGAAGCUCGCCAAACAUCAAAAAAACUUUGGGCCGAGCUGACAAAAAUGUUGAAUGAUUGUAGAUUGGGCACUAAAAAAACAGCUGAUGGAUGGAGUAAGUACUGGAGUGACUUUAAAAAUAAGUUAAAAAAUAAAGUAAGAACACUAAAUAGGCAAAAGCCUGGAUUUGCAUUGGAUAAAACAAUUACACCACUUACAAAACUGGAAAGGAAAGCACUUGUCAUCUUAGCACCACAUUUUGAGAAGAUGCUGUCCAGGACGGAGGCAUUUGUGGAUAAAUCUGCAGAUAUUCCACCAGAAGUAAAACUUGAGACAUUCCAAGAAAACAAUGAAUACUGUAAAGAUCAAAUGGAGAACUCUAAUGACAGGUUAUCAGGUGUAGACAGAGAAAGUGAAGAUAGUGCCCAGUCCAGUAAUGAGGAUUAUAUGGAUGACACAGAUUUGAACUCAAACGACCCUUUAGUGCACAAUCUCUAUCCCAAAUGGUUAAUAGAAGUUGAAAAGAAACGUGCCGACGCCGAGCUACUACGGGCGACAGCGGAAGAGAAUCGAGCCAAAGCGUCGGCCAAGAGCGCUGAAGCUGCCCUAAUCCAGGCCGAAGCCCUGAAGAGGCUUGCCGAGGCAGCUGUGGCGCAGGCCAAUGCUAUCGCGCAGAUCGCAGCGGUCUUGGAAAGUCGAGCGCACACUGAUGACGUGUUGUCUGUCUCGUCAAGCGCUUCGAGUUCAAUGCCGGGCUACAGAUUACCAAAUUAAUGCAUGUGCAAUGUUAUUGUUCUCACAUCCCUAGCGCCGGGUGUGGUGCGGGCAGCGGGGCGCUCGCGCUAACCGAGUCCACCGCACCGAUAUCGAUCUCAGCAUUGGCUUCAUAGAGUAACUCGUCUAUAUGAGACUUUGUAUUGGCUUUCCCGCCCGGACGAUGCCGAACCGAUCACACGCGCAGACACUACGUCUCAAAACCGCCAUUUUGUUAAUUACCAGUCAGAUCAGAUAAUGCUGUAAUGAGAAAGAAUAUUCACCAAAAGCAAACUAAAACAACGGCGCCAUGUGCAAUGUACUUUAUUGAGAUUCAUUCAAGUUACAAUACAUUUUUAAAUAUUGUUCAACUUUCAUGAACUAUGUGUUAAACACUCAAUUGUCGUUAUUUUCAGUAAGUUACAAGCAAAUGGAAUGUACAUAUCUUUUUUUAAGACACCAAUUAGACACUAGUUUUCUGAGUAUUAUAUGCUUAAUAUUGAAUAAAUUGUUGAUUACAGUAUGUUUUAUUUUUUAUUAAUUCAAGUAGAUAAUCAAAACAUAUGCAAAACCAUUACGACCACUUCGCAAUUUUCCAGAAUUUUUAAGAAUAUUAGUAAUUAGUUUGUGCAACACAAAAUCCGUUAACCCCUCGUAAAACGUCACACAGUUUUGAAGCAGACAUAGUCGUAUCACCUCAGUCUGCUCACCCACACAAAACGACGUCGAAAAUUGCAGAAGGUGGUAAUUUUGGUCUUGUACCAGUCUGAGAGCUGACAUGCAGAAUUAGGAUAUGAUACUCGUAUAAUCGACGGAUAUAAUCUAGUCAGUAGUACAUAGUACAUAUAAGUAACUUACAAAUCUAUCUGAUUAUAUUCAGAAAUAAACACACUAUAAAAUAAAACUAAUACAGAUUUCCAACAAAAAUGUAUAUAAUACUUAUCACCAAAUGUGGAUUCAAGGAUCCAAAAUUUUCGAAAAGGUAAAUUUUAUUUACCAAAUUUAGAAAUUCGUCGCCCCAGUCAAUCCAGUUGGACCACCCAGUAGGCCUACAAUACAGUUUUACGGAAUGAUAAACUGCACACAGAAAACUACUUAGGUACUUAUAAAACCACAUGUAAAGCAAGUUUGUGAAUUUCUCUCAAACAUUUAUCAUUGAAAAAGCGGCACUCAAAAAA